UUUACCGGAAGUACGGUUAGUUUACAUGGAGAUGUCACUCAACAAGAUCUCACGCACUUUAUUGUCAGUAAUGUGAUCAUCUGGAUUCUUUUCAGCUAUGCCAACAGAUUGACAGAUGGACUGGCUGAAAGGAUUGGGCAGGACAUUGGUCAAGCUAGAGCCUGAGUGACCAGGGUGUGAAGGAGUAUUACAUCACAAUGGUCCAGUUGGAUAAUCUCCUAGAUGAGGAGGACGGUGUGGCUCCCGUGGCACCACCUCAAAAAUACUCCCUCCGAAACUCCAUAAAGCCUUUCAUCUGCUCCACGCCGGAUGAUUUCACAGAAGAACGUGAAUUUUUAAGUCAGAAAAUAUUUCCACAAGUUAACGAAUUAUGUAUGAUGCGUGGAUGCCGAUUUUCUCCGGUGGAUAUUCCGUGGGGAAUGCAGGACGAUCAGCUGGCCACUGGUCAUCUUCUGAGGUUAAAUCUAGAAUACAUCUGUAAGUGUUCGCCGUAUUUUCUGUGCCUGCUGGGCGAGCGAUACGGCCCAUAUAGACCUGUUGACUCGCCAUCACUGCCAAAGAGGGUCACCCAACUCCCUGAAUAUGCAACUUCUCUUGAUCGUAAUUAUCUCGUGGCAGCUUCAGCUGGGUACCAGUGGGUACUCCAGGAACAUCAGCAGAACAAUAGUCUUACUGAACUAGAAAUCAUCCAUGCCACAUUUCUCAACGAUUGUGACUAUGGCCAUUUUUAUUUUCGUCAGCCUGAACACCUGGACAAAAAAUUUGGACAUUUGUCAGACGAAGCACGACAGAAAGUCAGCAAACCUUACCUCCCCAUCAAUGAAUAUGCUGAUCUUAAUAUCAGGGAUUUAAAGCAGAGAAUUGUUAACAAAGGACUUCCCGUGAAAUAUUUUAAACUGGUAGAGGAAUUAGGUGUUCAUGUCAUGAAGGAUUGGACCAAAGUGAUCGAUCUAGUUUACCCUCCGUUGGAAUAUCCCGUAACAACGCUUGAAACCGAAGAUUAUCAGGAGUGGGUGAGCAAUGCCAUGUUCGCAGACAGUCGACGGCAGGUUUUUGUCAACUCCGUAGAGAUCAAGGCGCUCCAUGAGGAAAUGACAAAAUUUGCAAAGGAGGCUCUAGAUGACCCUCCGGAGGAAGUACAGGAAGAAAUGGACCGUUUCAAGUCCUACUCCAUUGUGUCAAAGUUAAAGAAGAAGAAACCCCAAGAGGUCAAGUACAAGUCUAUGAUGUUGAUACAUGGCGACCGUGGCAGUGGGAAAAGUACAGUUGUAGCCAACUGGUUACCAGGGUUCAUGGCCAGUCACCCUGACCUCAAGGUCAUCAGCCAUUUUGUUGGUAGUAGUCAUCGUAGUACCAACAUCGCCGUGUUCCUGAAACAAUGCAUCAAAGAACUCCGGGAGGAGUACCUCCGACCAGAUACGGCGGUGGAUAAGCCGAGGAUUACGGAAGAAGACCAACCGUGGAGUUUCGAGGAAGUUUCCCAGGCGUUUGUGUCAGCGCUCUCUCUAGGCCCCUGUGUUAUUGUCCUGGAUGGAAUUGAUGAACUUGGACUCACUCUUAGCCAGACCAACAGACAGAUAAAGGAGUUUAAAUGGCUACCAUUUCCUCUACCUCCGCAGUGUCGUAUCAUCUGUACGACAUGUCGCUCGGAUUUGUCGUAUCACGCAAUGACGAGUCGACGUGACAUUGUGUUACGUCCUGUACCACUCCUUAAUACGGAUAAACUUCGAACAAACUUCCUGGAAGCACAUAUGCAGCACCAUUUCUGUUACCUCAAACCUGUUGACUUUGAAAACAUUCAUUCCUUGAAGGCUUGUAACAAUCUCCUGUAUUUGAAUAUUCUGUGUAACGAAAUGCAGACGUUUAAUGUACACACACAUCUGACUCAAUAUCUCGACGACGUUUACGACAAUUGUGCCUCUCUCCGGGAAUUAUGUGUGCACUGUUUCCAGCGCUGGACCAAGGACUACAGUUGGCAGAAAGAAAACUUAUAUGGAGACUCAACAGAGCUGGAACCAGAGCUAGUUCCAGUUCCGGAGAAAUCAAAGGAAGAGUUUGAAGGCUGGGUUCCCGAUGUUCUCCGGCUCUUUGCUGUAUCCAAAAUGGGUUUGACAGAGACCAAUUUAUUUGCUCUCCUGCAAAGAAUUGGCUACACAGGAAGUCGCAUCGUGAAGAAGUUUGAUUGGCUGCAGUUCCGUACCUGCCUCGGAAAUCUUCUUUACGAAGGACCGGAUGGGAGACUUGUUUAUACCCACCAGCACUUCAAGGAAAUCGUAGAAUAUGUGUUACUCCGUCGAGCAAAACAGAAGAAAAGCAAAGGAAAUCAGCGAAGACAGUAUAACAUUAAUUCGUUCAAGUCUGGGGGCUCUGAAGUGACCGCCAAUGAUGCCACAAACAGAGAAUGGAAAGGAGAGAAGCAGAAAUUCCACACCCACAUGACCAAAUAUUUCAAACAACUGCCAUUCUCCGACCUCAUCCUCCUGGGGCUGCCUCAUCAGCUACUCAUGGCGGGGGACUUUGAGGGGCUGUCUAAGGUCCUCAUGGAUCCUGUAAUGAUAGAUGGUUUCCUGAAUGAAGAGAAACAGUGUCCCUCCAACAAGCUGGACCUUGCCUACUACUGGUCAGUUUUGGCCGGUCAAGGGAUUGACAUAACGUCCACCUACACACAGUUACUGACAAGCCUGGGUGUCCUGGAUGACCUAUCAGAGGAUGGCGAUGAUACUGUCCUAAUCAGUGAGAAUGGAGACGCACUGUCAGUGUCAACGUUAGGGGAGAACGGUGAAGUGUUCCGACCAAAUAUAUUCACCAACGUACCUCGAAUCAUCACAUCAUCACCUCACGAACAACGUACACUGUCGGUCAUUGAGGAGACAUCGAGUGUUGCUGAAAGCUUUAGGUAUGGAGAGGAGGGGGAGGAUGAACUGCCGAGGAUCACAAUAUCAGAGACACAGAACGGCAUAGACACGAUCUUCUUAACGGAGAGUAAAAUCAGUAUAACUUCAGACCAGGGACCAAAAGAAACCGUCCUCACCUCAUCAAAUAUGAAGCUGGCCUUCAUGAUAGCCUGCUUUCUCAAGGACAUUGGUCAUCACAAGGUCACAGACAACAUAUGUAGGGCACUCAAUGACAAACUGGACAAGAACUACCCCCUGUCCGAGGACGACCAACUUCUGCAUGCCCGUAUCCAGGAGAUGCUUGGCCAAUUCAGUAAGGAAUUGGAAGACAACAUGGAACAGACUGAAAAGUGGUUCCGUCGUGCGCUCCGUACUGUCAUGGACAUCUCCGACCUGGAAAUAGAAGAAGGAACACCUAAAUACUACGAAAUUACUAACCUGAAAGGUCGGCUACUAAAUCACCAUGGCAACCUGAGGCUAAAACAAGGAAUCCUAGAAAGUGCCGAAGAUCUACUGAAGGAGGCACUGGACUGUGUGACUAGCUGUGGAAACCUAGCAACGAGGGCCACAAUCCUCUACAAUCUGGGCAUUCUUAGGGCUGAGCAGUUUGAGUUCUUACUGGGAGAAAGCUGUCUCCGUCAGUCUCUACUGAUACGAGAACAGUGGUAUGGACGUACACAUCCUCUGGUGGCGGACAUCUUAUAUGCCCUGGCAGGCAUUAUGGGAAAUCCUAAAAAUAUUCGAGGAUAUGACAAGGUGGCAGCUGAAACUGUGUACAGACGUUCAUUGGAGAUUAGAGAAUCCUGUCUGGGCACUACUCAUUUAUUGGUGUCCGACAUUCUCAUAGAAUUAGCCAAAUUGAUUCAGGAAGAAUCAAGCCAGGGGGCUAAGGGUGAAUCGGUCAAGUUAUUACAAAGAGCUCUGGACAUCAAGACUACCCAUCUAGGUGGUGAUCAUAUUGAUACUAGGGCUGUGCGUUCCUACCUGAGCAAGCUGGAAGUGACACUAAAGAUGGGACGCUAUGAAUUUGGUCCUGCAAAACCCACCGAUGUGAGAUCCGUCGAGCGUCCGUAUAGCAACAUGUCAUGGCGGGAAAAAGACAUUAUCAAUUUCGAACGAAGGGCCAAAUCUCGGUCAAGUAGUCGAGGAGGGAGCUCAACAUAUUCAAACUCGCGUCCCGAUAGUGGUAAGAAUGAUGCAUCUUAUAGCCAACUGAGUCGACAUAGUAGUCUCAGCUUUUUAAGUGCUUCUGAGAAACUUAUGCUGGAGUCUGAACGACCUCGACUACUACACAGGGGAACUCUGGACAGGCGUCUAAGAACCUCCUCACCAAAAAGCACGAACUCGUCCCCAGAGGAAAAUUCUAGAAAAGUUGAGAUCAAUCUCGGCCCAACACAGGAAGAGGUUGAGGAUUCUGGGAAGGUUGUGGCAACACGUAUUGCUGAUCAACAAAUUGAUAGUUUUGCUGAUGACAUAGGUGGUAUGGACCGAGCCGUACUAGCCAGGUCCGUCGGGAAACAGGUGACCACAUUUGACGUUCCUGACAGUCCGGACAUGGCCCCGGUACGCCUAUAUAAUCGAUACGGCAGUGCAGGGAGCUCCAGAUCAAUGUCUCCACGUCAGCCCCAAAACAGCAAGACAAAUGUUCGAAGUGGCAGUGCGAAAAGUGGUAGUUCAUACAUUACAAGUGCUAGUCGAAUGUCGCGAACCACACACAGUAGCAUGCGUAGUCGGAGUGUAAUGAGCCCUCAUGCAAUCACCCCUGGUAACACUCGAUCAAUAACAUAUGGUCCAAACAGUGAUGUCAGCAGCCUACUUGGUCCACCAACAACUCCCCGGGAUAUAAAAAAGGAUUAUCAUCAUCGGUCAGCGUGGUAUCAUGUGCCAGGCCGUUAUACAACCUAUACACAAGAUUAUCCAUCGAAACGAUCUCAAAAAACUUCAACUGCCCAGGCAUAUCAAAACAGGUUCACUAGUUCCCCAUCGCACAGCGAAAGGAGGAAAAAGACGCCAUCAUCCAAAUUUUCCAGACAACAACAAAACGGUCGACAGACAAACAAAGACGAUAUUAAAAACGAGGCUGAUAAUUUUGGACCAACAGUGAAAGGUAUUGGACCAGUAUGUACAGAUUUUGGGGAUAACGGUUAUCACAACAAUUUGUUUACAACAGGUGGACCUGGGUACGAACAUUAUGAAGGAAAUGGCAACAGCCAUGGUAUCAGUGUGACAUUCAAAGAAGCUGUUGUAGUAGAUUGAAAUAGGGGUAGAUAACUCUAAUUUAGACACUAAUGCCUUAAGUUUAAAAGGAGAAAUUUUGUUACGUUUCAUAAUUAUGUUAUCCGAGUUUGUAUCAAGCAGCCAAGAAUGAUCAAACUACUUUUCAAUGAUGCACUUUCAAACAUUUACAUAAUAAUUUCAAUUAAUGUUAACUUACACCACUUGAAGAAAAUGUUGUAUGAUGUUUGGAUCUUGUUUAAAUGUUUGUUAAAUUAAGUUUUACAUGUAGAUGAAAGAUAGAUUUUUUUAACUAUCGUAAUACUGUUUCUUUUUUUAUGUCUUUUGUUACAUAAUGUAAGUCUUACUUAUUUUAUAGGUAGAUAUACAAUGCGCAAUAUACAGUAGAUUAUCUUUUUAAUUUUCUUUUCUCAUGUAUAUUCAUUGAAUUGAUUUUUGGGAACAACAAAUGAUGGUAUCAUUAUUUAUUUGUUUCUGUAUAUGUUUGUACUUAUAACAUCUGUGAUAUGUUUCAGUUAUUUUUUUCAUAGGCUGAAAAUUCCUUUUUCUGAUCUUCAUGAAAAAAUAUAUGGGUACAUUUGAAACUAUAUUUAAAGUGUUAAAACAUGUGCAUGCCCAAAGGGCAGAUGAGCUUGUACCAUGGUGCGGCAUAAUCAGGCAAUGAGCUUAAGCCCAUGUCUGGUAAUAAUCCCACUUAUUUUUCGGUUUAGUCACUAGGUCCUUGGCUUAUUAUAGGAUAACAGCACAGCCAGAACCAAUUUUCAGCAUUAGUGACUAAUUACAUGCCAGAAACUUUACUUAUAAGUUUCUAUACUCACAAAUGUUUGAGUAAGAUGUCGCAUUACUUUUACCACCAAUUUAUUAUCGUCUUCCCAUUAGGACACUUAACUUUCAAAACUAUGAUAUAUAUCUAGGUUUGUGUUGUACUUGUACUUGUCGAGGAGGGAUGUUAGACUGAUAUUUCUUAAGAGAUUGCUGGUUUAUUAGUUAAGCCAUCUUUUUUUUUUUGUUAACUUCUUCCGUAAACAACACUUACAUGUAAUUUUUCAGUAAAAUGUAUACAAUUUUCAUUUCUUAAAAUAUUAUUUAUGUAUUUUACUGAAAUCGAAAUCACUACUACUUCUUUAACUGUUAAUUGUUGUAUGGACGGAUUAAUUAUUAAUUAAUUACCAGGUAAACAGUGUAUCUAUAGAACUUUACAUAAUGACCUGAUGGUUGUGUUAAUGGUUUAUUUGUUAUGGGAGCAGGGCUAUGUUUUUGGAUUUCACUAACAAGUAUAUUAAAUCAGACAAGAUAACCAUAGAAUGGUGCAAGACAAAUGUUAUUAGAUGUCCAUCCAUUUUACCAUUCAUCACAAUUUGUUUUAUUUU